CGGAACAACCUGUGCGGGCCUGGGCCUGCCCUCUUUUGGAGCUGGGGUCCCCUCCCACCUAUCAGGAGCGUUCCACCCCUCCACUCCCCGCCGGCGCCGGGGAAUCAGGUGACCUCAGGCCGGCGCAGUCACGUGGCUAGGCGCGUCCGCCCGUUGUGGCCAUGGCGUCCUCAGGCUCCAGUGUGGUGAGGCGAGUGGAGGAGCUCGGGGACCUGGCUCAGGCCCACAUACAACAACUUAGCGAAGCCGCCGGCGAAGAUGAUCACUUUUUAAUUCGGGCCUCUGCAGCCCUAGAAAAAUUGAAACUUCUGUGUGGAGAAGACAAAGAAUGUUCAAAUCCAUCAAAUCUUCUUGAACUUUACACACAGGCUAUUUUGGACAUGACAUAUUUUGAGGAGAACAAGCUCGUAGAUGAAGAUUUUCCUGAAGAUUCUUCACAAAAAGUAAAAGAGUUGAUCAGUUUUCUCUCAGAACCAGAAAUUUUGGUUAAAGAAAAUAAUAUGCAUCCAAAACACUGCGAUUUGCUUGGGGAUGAACUCCUGGAAUGUCUCUCUUGGAGACGAGGAGCCCUACUCUACAUGUAUUGUCAUUCUCUGACCAAAAGGAGAGAAUGGCUCACAAGAAAAUCUAGCUUGCUUAAAAAGUACCUUAUUGAUGGAAUCAGUUACUUGCUACAGAUGCUGAAUUUUCGGUGUCCCAUCCAGUUAAAGGAAGGAGUUUCUUUCCAAGACCUAGACACAGCUAAAUUACUGAGUGAAGGAAUAUUUAGUGACAUUCAUUUGCUGGCUAUGAUGUACAGUGGAGAAAUGUGUUAUUGGGGAUUGAAGCAUUGUGCAGAUCAACAGCCAGAAAAUCAUGAAGUGGAUACUGGUGUUUCUGGAGCAAGCUACACUACACACAAAGAACCUUUGGAUUUCCGAGAAGUAGGAGAAAAAAUUUUGAAAAAGUAUGUAUCUGUGUGCGAAGGACCCCUGAAAGAACAAGAAUGGAAUACAACAAAUGCAAAACAAAUUUUAAACUUCUUUCAGCAUCACACUAACUAGUAAGUUCAUCUAGUCCUUUUCAAACAGAAAAACAAAAAGGCUCAGGAAAUGGAAGUUCCAGAAAAGAAGACAUAUUGAUACUGAAUUUAGGAACAUUACACUACAUAAAGAUAGCCAGCAUGGUUACCCUUUUUUAAAUGCCAUCACCAUCUUUCACUAUAUAUUCUUUUUUUUUUUUAAGAUUUUUUUUGAUGUGGACCAUUUUUAAAGUCUUUACUGAAUUUAUUACAUUAUUGCUUCUGUUUUAUGUUUUGGUUUUUUGGCCGCGAGCCAUGUGGGAUCUUGGCUUCCCGACCAGGGAUCGAACCUGCACCCCCUUCAUUGGAAGGCAAAGUCUUAACCGCUGGACCACCAGAGAAGUCCCUCAGUAUAUAUUCUUAAACCUGUGAAGGAAUGAUUCUUUAAUUUCUAAAAUGGCAUUUAUGUUAUUCUAACUCACUCUGAACUAUAGAUAUCCUGUAACUAAUACUAAGGAGAAAUCCAAUUUAUCUCUAUAAAGAUUUUUUUUCUAUUACUUUAGAUUUUUUUUUAUUGUGGUACAAUAUACAUAACAUAAAAUUGAACAUUUUGACUGUUUUUAGAUUAUUUUUUAAUCUCCCUGUCUUGAAGUUUGCUGCACUUCAGAGAUUAAAAUCAAGUCCCCUCUUUGCUUUGUAUAUAUGCUAUAGAUAUAAAAAUUGGCAAAAUGAAAAAUUGUGACUAAUAUCCAUGUACCAUUUCCAGAAUAAGAUAAAUAAUGAAAGACUCCACAAAAGAAUUUUUAUUUGUUUCACCACGUACUACUAAAUGGCAUUUAAAAUUUUUAGUCUAUUAGGCAUUUUAUAAAAAUUUCAAAAUUAUUUUGUUUUAAAGAAUAUGCAUGGUUUAUUAAAUGAGUAAUGAAGAUAAAACCAAGUUAGGUUAGUCCGCCAUUAGUCUUAUGUCUUUAGAGCACAUCUUUUCAUGUUUUGAAAUUUUAAUAGUUUUUGUCUUUAAUUGUAGGGGUGAGUGUUAAAGGCCAAGAGCCCAACCUGGUAUCUUGCUGACAGUCUUUCUGUCUACCUCAGUUCCUGUUGUCGUCUUGGGAUGAUCUGUCUGAUACCUUGCCAAUAUCCUUCACCUCUGGGCCGUUGACUUCAUCACAUUCCAGGAACUUAACUCCCACAGUCUCAACAUGAAUAUCACCAUCCUCAGUUUCUCUUUCUGAAAUCUUAAAUUUCAAUAGCUAGUGACAUUUUUUCCAGUUUUUUACUUCCUCAUUUUGAUUGAUUCUUCUCUCUCUCAUUUCUUUUGUAUCUCUUUAGCUUACUCAUAGCCUCUUUCUCUUGCUGCCCCCUUUUCUCCUCACCAUCAGCCUCUUUCAGAUUUUCUUCCUUCCCUGUCCAGCCUUGGCCUUAUGGGGCACCAUAUGACGUGCUCUCCACAGUCUCUUCAAAUCCAUUUUCCCCUGGUCUUUCAGCCUAAUCAUUCUGCGGUCCCUCAACAUUGAAUUAAUCCUAUCGUUCCACCUUCUUUUUUUGGGAUGCUGAGUUCCAUAUGAAGUUCCUGCAGCUCCUUCAAAGUGGAAUCACUCUAAGUAUCUUGCCUUCAGCUUUAGAAGAGCCCUCAGCGUAAGCCUUUCGUCUGUUACUAGUGUGGCCCCUGUCCCUUUCCCACUGUGGCUAAUCCACACCUCUGACUUGCCUCAUCACUUUCCUCUGGCCCUUUGUCCCCUCCCCUAGCACAUGGCUCUUGGUCCUGUCUUACAGAAAAUAGAGACUAUGAGCAGGUCAGUGUCUGUUUACCCAUUUGGCCCUACUCAUUUCCCCCCUUUGUAGAGGAAAAGAGGCAUCCUGCUUCAUGUUGAAGACUAGUCUCCACACUUCCUUUCUGCCAGCUCCCUCAUUUCCCCUGGGUCUUCUCUUUUUUCUGCCAAUAUCCUGUACGUAUUGCUCUUUUCCAGAAUACUUAUUUUUCUUUUUCCUCCCUUCUCCCAUUUUUCCUUCCUUCCUUCCUUUCUUUCUCCCUUUUUUCUUUUUUACUUACUCCAAAUACAGUUGACCCUUGAACAAAACAGGUUUGAACUACGUGGGUCUACUUAUACGUGGGGUUUUUUCAGUAGUAAAUACUACAGUACUACACAAUCAGCGGUUGAUUGCAUCUCCGGAUACAGAGGAAUCGCGGAUAUGGAGGGCCGACUAAAAGUUAUACGCAGAUUUUUGACUGUCAGGAGGAUUGCACCCCUAACCCCCUCAUUGUUCAAGGGUCAGCUGUACAUUUAUGUGAUGUUAUUGACAGCCAUGGCUUCUAUCACCUGUAAUGUUAGGCUGACUCCCAAACCUGUAGCUUGAAUCCCAGCUUCUGCUUUCUAAACCUUCUUUCUAACUGCCUAUUAAAUAUCUUCACUUAGACAUCCCAUAGUAAUUUUAAAUUCGAUAUGUUCAAACGACUAAUCCUUUUCAUCUAAAAUCAUUUCCGGCUUAUGUUUUCUCUUUUUUCGAUCUUCCACAAAGCAGGGCAACACAGAAUGCUGUAACCUACUUUCUUCUGCCUACCUUGCCAGCCUCAUCUCUGCAGCUCUUCCUGUGUGAUCAUUUUCUAGUCCAGUGUUCCUUAGGCUCAUUUUUUUUUUUUUUUUUUUUUUUGCGGUACGCGGGCCUCUCACUGUUGUGGGCUCUCCCGUUGCGGAGCGCAGGCUCCGGAUGCGCAGGCCCAGCGGCCAUGGCUCACGGGCCCAGCUGCUCCGCGGCAUGUAGGAUCCUCCCGGACCGGGGCACGAACCCGUGCCCCCUACAUCGGCAGGCGGACUCUCAACCACUGCGCCACCAGGGAAGCCCCCUUAGGCUCAUUUUUGAUCAACAUUCUGAUGGAGCUGCUUGGGACGAGGAGAGUCUCUCCCUAUCUCUGCCUUUGUCUCCUUGUUUAUCCUUAUACAGCUAAGAAGAUUUUUAUUUAACUUAGCUUUUACAAGUUUUGCUAUGAAAAUACCUUUGUGCUUUCUAAGUAUAAAGGUUUAAAUCACAUACUGCCCACCCUCACCCCACCCUUUUUGGAGAAUCAUGAUCAAUCUCAAGUAUACUAGUUCCUUCCCCAAUGUGCUGUGUGUUUUUUUUCCUCAAUAUCCUCGUUACUUCUGGCUGGAACGCUUUGCCCUUCUUUGUAGUCAAGUGAAUACCUAUUUACCCUUUAGGACUCAGCUCCAGUGAUAUUGGAUCCAUAAGGCUUUUUCCAGCCCUUUUCAGUCAAAGUUAACAUGUUACUCUGCUUCUGCUCCCUGAAUCUUCUCCAACCCAUGUUAUCACACUGAUCGCAUUGCUUUAUAGUCAUUUUUCUUAUGAGUUGGCGAACUCCAUAUUUUAAAAAUUUAUCUUCAUGCAUAGUGCUUAAUGAAUGUUAGGCCCUUAGUAAUGUUUUUUGAAUUAGUAAGAGGCAUGAUUCUUAAGUGCUGAAGUUACUGCUCUUGGAUUCCAAACUGCCGUGACCUCUGUACCAGAGGUUGACAAGGCCAAGAGGGAAUUACUCCUCAGAGAAGUAAAGUAUCAUUUAGAUCUAGAACCAGAGAAAAGUAGAGAGCUUUCUCUUCAGAAGCUAGGAACUCCAUUUUGUCUUCAUGACCCUGUGAACCACUUGGGUCUCUCACUGGUUGGUACACUAAUGGGGCUACUGUUGGGUGCUUUUUGUACAAUUUUUUCAUCCCCCUCACAAUUGGAGAAUAAUUUGUAGACCAUAACAGUUAUAAUGCUUUUUACUGUGAUGUAUUACAAAACAAUGGACAGUACAUUUUUGUAUGUGUUAAAGCCUGCUAUGUAAAUUCUGUUUCAUUUAGAAUGGAUUAACUUCAAGAUACCAAAUACUCCACAUAAGGAAAGUACUAUAAUUACUAUAAUUCACUCAUCAACAACUAUUAUGUGCCUACUACAUGCUAGGUUUUAUCCUAGGCACUGAGUAUAUAGCUUUGUAAAACACCGGAGUUUGUUUUCUAGUGGAGGAAGUUAACGCAUUUUAAGAAACAAAUGUGUAGCUUGGUGAGUGAUGAGUGCUAUGAAGAAUAAAGCAGGGCAUGGGGCUAGUGUGACUUGAGAGGGGUGCUGUUUUAUUUAGGGUGGUUGGGAAGGCACCUCUAAGCACCUGUCUACUUCAGCAUUUGGGUCUACCCCUCUGGUUGAAUACUAGUCAAUGUGCCAUUGCACAUUCAGUAUAUUCAUGAAGUUUCUCUUAUGGACGUUUUGAUGCUGAAUUAAACAAUGAAUCACUACCUAAGAACUUCUCAUUUUGAUCCCAUUUAAAGGUUUUCUCUCCAGUGUGGCCCUUACUAAUGGGUAAGUGAUAACCUAAAGACCUUGUAGCAUUUAUUACACUUGGAGUUUCUCUCCAUUUUGAACUCUUUGAUGGUUACUAAAACUUAAACUCUGUUAAAGGAUUACUCUGUUAAAGGAUUUUUCAUAAUCCUUAAAUUUGUAUGGUUCUUUUCCACUAUGAAUUUUCUCAUGUUAUCUAGGCUUUGAGACUUAGUUAAAGGCUUGUCUGCUUUGCUGCAUUUAUAGGGUUUCUGGCUGCUGUGAAUUGUUUGAUGCUGAUUAAGGUCCAGAUCAUGAGUGAAGACUUUCCCUUAUUUGUUUGCAUACAGUAGAGUGAGGUGAGAGUCAUUGGCUAAAACCCCAUAAUAAAAUUUACAUUCCUUCCUUUAUAGUCAGUCCCACUGGGAAUUUUCUGAUGUUCAUUAAAGUGGGAGAUUCAUUUUAAUGCCAUUUUUUUCAAAACCCACAGCUGGCUUAUAUGCUAGUUUUAGAUUGCUUGUCACUUUUCUCUCUCCACCUUCCAGGGCUCCUUUUCUGACUCCCAUAAGGAUACCCCUUCUGCCACAGAAUACAGGAUUCCAUAGUUCUCUAGUAUCACCUUGUAUUAUUUUUUUUAACACAAUAUGAGCUAUCAUGUUAUGGAAGUAUUACAUUAACAUACAUUUAAUGUAUCCAUAGUUAAAAUAUGCAUUAUGUAUUCGUGCUGCUGUUCCUUACUGUUUUUUAUUUUCCUAUUUCUAGUGAAAAUUUCCAAGUAAAAUGUUUUGGAGCAUAUAAAAUUUUUAAAAAAAAAUAAAACCAUAGUCCCAUAUAUGUAUCUUUGUUUUA